GAAACUCGUAGGAACAGCAACGGGAAGAGGAUUCUGAUAAAUUUUUGUAUCAGUUUUCACACAGUUAAGUUUGUGGCAAUUCUGGACUUGAUCGGUCCUCUUAUGCAAAAACAGUUUCAUCCCACCAAAACAGGUUAUUUUUCCCCAGAAGGUGGAAGACUAUAAUUAUUCAACUCAACACUUGAGCAAUAAGCAAUGUCCUUAUUCAUAAAACCAGAAACAAAAGAAAGGCGCCAACAUUUCAGUUUCAAACGGCGGUUUGUCAUUGGUGUUUUCGAAUUACUUUUCUUUCUCAUUGGACAAACCCUGAGGGGCAGAAACCUAUGGGGGGAGAGGCUUAGCAGCGUAAAGUAACCGCCCUUCAAUGGAAGGUUUCUUUCUGGUCGGGCACUAGAGAAUAUAACUUCGCUGUUUCCCGGUUUAGAGCACAUUUUCUCGUGGUUUUCUGAGCUGAAGGUUUGGUGAAGGCUGAAGAAUGUCUGGCCGUGGAAAGGGCGGAAAGGGUUUGGGAAAAGGAGGCGCAAAGCGCCACCGCAAAGUCUUGCGAGAUAACAUCCAAGGCAUCACUAAGCCCGCUAUCCGCCGUUUGGCUCGCCGUGGCGGAGUGAAGCGUAUCUCUGGCUUGAUCUACGAGGAGACUCGCGGGGUGCUAAAAGUCUUCCUUGAAAACGUCAUCCGCGAUGCCGUGACUUACACCGAGCACGCCAAGAGAAAGACUGUAACUGCCAUGGAUGUGGUGUAUGCUUUGAAGCGCCAAGGCCGCACUCUGUACGGAUUUGGUGGUUAAAUAUUUCAACGAGCUUUUCAAAA